AUGUCCGUCACCAAAUCGCUGAACCAUGAUCAGCCGACAGAACAUCGUGAUCGGUUAUUCAUCGGCGAAAUCAGACGGGAUUGGGAGCCAAAAAGGGUGGAGUCGUUCCUUCGUGGAAUCCUCCCAGAAGCAACAACUAUUGAUGCCUAUGCAGAAGGCAGUCCAUUGGUACGGAAUCGUGGCUUUGCAUUCGUCAGUUUCGCCGAUGUAGGAGCAGCAGUACGAGCAACGUAA